AUGUCACAAGCAACAGCCACAAAAGAAAAACGAGUUAUUCACUUCGAAGGAACUUAUUUGAGUCAUGUCGGAGAGAAAUCAUUUGUUUCCCCUUUUUCUUCGAAUGUUGUUGAACCAACUGGAGAAAUAGAAACUCAACCUUCUUCGAAACUCGUCGUGAAUGCCCCUUUCGAUCGGAUGAACACCUAUUAUUUCAAGAUUAUCAACACUGGAGAGCAUCGAAUUGGCGUCGGGAUAAAGACAAAUAAUCGGAAUAGAUUUGAAGUUGAACAAAAGUUUGCAGUCAUUGAUCCAAAUGAAUCAAUUCUUGCUUCUAUGAAAAGUUCACCAUUUCCUCAGGAUUCUGAGGAGGAAAGUGUUGAUAAAAUCAAAAUCGGUUGGAUUAAUGCACCAGUUGGAGCUGGAAGAGAGUUUAAACGAGAGUGGUUUCGAGGAGAUACGGUUGUCCAAAAUAGAAGUUUAUUCAUUGAAUAUAACAAGUGA